AUGUCGGAGGGACUACCGGCGACGCUGGCCGCGCUGAACAAGCUCGUCGCCCAGAUAAAGGGAUACAUGGCCGCCAUGCCUGCGAGUGACCGUUUUCUCUCGCCAGUGAUAGACUGGCACCACCCUCAGGACUACGACCAGACGACUAUCCAGGGCCUCUCGAAGUUCCUGCAUCACGUCGAGAAGGAGCAAGCAAUUAUCGAGUCCAUCUGCAUCGCAGCCGGCGGAGUACACCUCAAAUCUGAUCAGCCUAGAGGGAGUAUGGGGAGCUUUCUUGCGGGCUCCGAAGCCGGUGACGGCAAUUUGGCAAGCGAUCGACAAGGUACCGGGCUUUAA